CAAUUACUUUCUUUUGAUUAGGAAGAAGUCUCUGCCGCGAUGUCGGAGACCGCUCCCGCCGCAGCUCCCGCUGUCGCGGCCCCAGCCGCUAAGGCCGCCGCCAAGAAGCCGAAGAAGGCGGCGGGCGGCGCCAAAGCCCGCAAGCCCGCGGGCCCCAGCGUCACCGAGCUGAUCACCAAGGCCGUGUCCGCCUCCAAGGAGCGCAAGGGGCUCUCCCUCGCCGCGCUCAAGAAGGCGCUGGCCGCCGGCGGCUACGAUGUGGAGAAGAACAACAGCCGCAUCAAGCUGGGGCUCAAGAGCCUCGUCAACAAAGGCACUCUGGUGCAGACCAAGGGCACCGGCGCCUCGGGCUCGUUCCGCCUCAGCAAGAAGCCGGGUGAGGUGAAGGAGAAGGCUCCCAGGAAGAGAACAGCGGCAGCCAAGCCCAAGAAGCCGGCGGCCAAGAAGCCUGCCAGCGCCGCCAAAAAGCCCAAGAAGGCGGCGGCGGCGAAGAAGAGCCCCAAGAAAGCCAAGAAGCCGGCGGCUGCUGCCACCAAGAAGGCAGCCAAGAGCCCCAAGAAGGCGACCAAGGCUGCCAAGCCCAAGAAGGCAGUGGCUGCCAAGAGCCCGGCCAAGGCAAAGGCGGUGAAGCCCAAAGCUGCCAAAUCCAAGGCAGCCAAACCCAAGGCAGCCAGGGCGAAGAAGUCGGCGGCCAAGAAAUGAAGUAUUGAAGUGGAAAUACUUAAACCCAACGGCUCUUUUAAGAGCCACCCACCACUGUCCAAAAAAGAGCUGAGACACUCGGGCACUGAGCUCCAUGCCCGCAGCGGAGCUCACAGUUCACCAUUAUUUACUCGCGAUCGGGUGGGAUGCUCGAAUGCAGAAAGGGCAGGACUCUGAGCUGCCGGACGUAGUUAAGACAGGGCUGGAAACAAUAAAGUUUGCGCUUUUGAGGGGAAAAAAAACCAAAACAAAACAACAA